CAAUAUCAAGGGAUAACUUCUGACUCUCACAACUUCAGCUUCCCUUUGCUAGCUAUUUCCACUCUUGAGAUGUCUAGUGAGGGAAGAGGCAGUGCAGGCAGAGCCAUGCUGCUCAUCAUGGUUGCAGUAAUUUGCUUAUUGAUUCAGUACUCCGCCCCAGUUCAUGGAGCAACCUAUACCGUUGGAGGCUCUGCUGGCUGGACCUUCAACUCCGCUAACUGGCCUAAAGGAAAGCGAUUUAGGGCCGGUGAUGUGCUAGCAUUUAACUAUGAUUCAAAGGUCCACAAUGUGGUUUCCGUGAAUGAAGGUGGAUACAGCAGCUGCACCACUCCGGCAGGUGCCAAAGUGUAUCAAAGCGGUAAGGAACAGAUAAAGCUGGUGAAGGGACAGAGCUUCUUCAUAUGCAACUAUGCUGGCCACUGUGAGUCUGGGAUGAAGAUUGCUGUGAAUGCAGUCUAAUUAAUGAGAGUAUAUUGUAUCAAGGCUUAUCCCUCUAAUUAUUAUAGUCCUAGUUAAAAAGACUAGUGUUGGCCACCAUAUCGGUUUUGGGUUUGAUUUAAUGGGCACUAGUAAAUAUAAAAAAUUAUCUUGUCCUACUUUGUAUCUUAAGUGCUGUUUAGGUCAUGUGAAAGCACAUAAUAUAUGUAAUGUCAGAGUUGAAGCCUAGAUCCCGGUCCUGGCAAAUGUAAUAAGGCCCACCAAGGUCACGGGCUUCGUCGCCAUUUGAUAGUUUGGGAUUGUUUUGUUUGACAAAGUCAAUGUCACGGGUCUGGUUUUUGGGAGAA